CGCCGUACUCGACUAUUUUAUUUGAAGUUUUAACAAAAUGCCCGUGAACUUUGGGGAAAAAAGGUCAGAUAAUGGUGAUAAUUUCCUCAAAAAGUAUUUUUCCGCAAAACCCAAAACCCUAAACCCAAGUACCCAACCACUCAUCUCUUUCUGCCAUUUCUUUCUCCAACUUCAAGUCCAAAUUACCACCGUCUGUUUCCGUUUCCGGCACCUGCAACUGCAAACGGGUUCUUCUCUCUCUCCUCUAUUUCCUUACUAUCUGUCGCGGAUCAAUUUUUGCUGAGGAUUCAGUUUGAAGCUCUGUUCAAUCCUGAAUUACAACCUUCUGAUUGUUUUUAAUACUUGAGUUUCUGCAAGUACAACCAGGUCAUUCUUGAGAAAUCAUCCACAAUUGUCAUGAAGUACCUAUACUUCCCUCUUGCCUCUACUCUGUAAGGCCCCCAUAAGUCAAUGUGAAUCAAUUCAAAAGGUUCUGCAGCAUGUGAGUCACUCAUGCAGUAGGGUAACUUGGUGAACUUGGACAUGGGGCAAGUUAUACAGUUAAGCUUUACCAAGGGAUUUUGAUACUUUGCAUAUCGAACUUCUUGAUGAACAUUACACAAGACGAGGCUAAGCAUUGAUCAAAUUAUCUUCUCCAAAAAUACAACUUAUUUCCUCUGGAAGCUAAAAGCAGAUGGAAAUUGUUGAAUCCAUCAAAAAUAUAUCAGUGCAAGAUCCACCAGAAGGGGAAUUUUCAUCUGCUAAUCUGAAGUGGACCAAGUUUGGUACUGCUGAACACCAUGAUGAUGUAGCUAAAAUUCGUUACGAUCGGGUUGACGAUUUUAUAUAUGGGGAAUGUUCUAAUGUGGAGUUCCCAACUCGAUUUCAUAUUGAGAGAGGAAGGAAACGAAGGAGAGGGAGCUUAAAGGAGUACAAAAGUGAUGAAUAUUUAGAAUAUAAGCUAUAUUGGUGUUCAUUUGGACCCGAAAAUUAUGGAGAGGGUGGAGACAUAUUACCUAGUCGGCGAUAUCGUCUGAAUACCCGAAAUCGUGCUGCCAUACCACAGUCAAUGAGAGGUUGUACAUGUCAUUUUGCAGUGAAGCGAUUGUACGAAAGCCCGACACUUGCACUCAUCAUUUAUAAUGAGAGGCGACAUGUGAACAAGUCUGGCUUUCCCUGUCAUGGUCCUCUUGAUAGAGAUGCCAUAGGCCCUGGUGCUAAGAAAGUUCCAUAUAUUGGCACUGAGAUUCAGCAACAAACAAUGUCCAUGAUUUACCUUGGCAUGCCUGAAGAGAAUGUAGUGCAGAAACACCUUGAAGGGAUUCAGCGUUACUGUGAUGCAGAUGCAAAACUUAACAAGAUGGCCUCUCAAUAUGUACAGAAGUUGGGAAUGGUUAUUAAAAGAUCCACUCAUGAAUUAGACCUGGAUGACCAAGCUAGUGUUCGGCUGUGGGUUGAGCGAAAUAGAAAGUCUGUGUUCUUCUACCAGGAUUCAACUGACGUCGAUCCAUUUAUUUUGGGAAUUCAAACUGAGUGGCAAGUGCAACAGAUGAUACGGUUUGGGCAUCGCAGCAUCAUUGCAGCAGAUUCCACCUUUGGGUUAAAGAAGCUCAAAUACCCUUUGUGCACGCUUCUUGUGUUCGAUUCAAGACAGCAUGCGCUCCCUGUUGCAUGGAUCAUCACUCCAAGCUUUGCUAAGCCAGAUAUUUCAAAGUGGAUGAAAUCCCUAGUUGGUCGAAUACGUGCAGUUGAUACUGGAUGGAAGGUCAGUGGUUUUGUGAUAGACGAUGCAGCGGCAGAGUUGGAGCCUAUAAGGAAUAUAUUUUGUUGUCCUGUGUUGUUUUCUCUUUGGCGUGUCCGUAGAGCAUGGCUUAGAAAUAUAGUGAAAAAAUGCAGUAAAAUGGAAGUUCGAAGGGAGAUUUUUAAAUGUCUUGGUGAUGUCGUUAACAGCAUUUGGAAAGGACUGGAUUCUGCAGUUGCUAUUGAAAAGUUCAUGCAAGAUUUCAUUGAUCAAACGGCAUUCAUGCAGUAUUUCAAAGAUUGCUGGUUGCCUAAGAUUGAGAUGUGGCUGUCAAUAAUGCGGAGUGUCCCACUUGCAAGCCAGGAAGCUGCUGGUGCUGUUGAAGCCUAUCAUAUCAAAUUGAAAAGCAAACUUUAUGAUGACUCACAUCUAGGUGCAUUUCAAAGAGUUGAUUGGUUAAUUCACAAUCUUACCGCAGAGUUGCACUCUAGUUACUGGUUGGACCGCUAUUCAGAUGAACACGACACCUUCAAAGAUGUGAAGGAAACAUACAUAGCUUCAACAUCAUGGCACCGUGCAUUGCAGAUCUCUGAUACUGCUGUUUGCUUCCGUGAAAAUAAUGACUUUUUUGCCGAAGUCCAAAGUCAAAAGGAUAAUAACGUGUCACGUAUAGUCUGGAAUCCUGGAUCAGAAUUUGCUUUCUGUGAUUGUUCCUGGGCUUUGCAAGGUAACCUCUGCAAACAUGUUAUCAAGGUCAAUAUGAUGUGCAAAAUCCGUCAGGGCUCGGGUUCCAUGUCCUUCAAUUCAUUCCGAGACUUAUUAACAAUGUUGUUGAGAAAGCCCAUGGAUGAUUCAAUCGAAAUGGACAAGGCUAUGGCAUGGACACAACAGAUGCUAAAUCAAGUACAAAGUCUUGUUGAAAUUACUAGUGCAAACGAUAUUGGCACUGUUGUUAACAGUUUCCCAUUGAAAUGGGUUUCCAGAAAAACCAGGACUUCUGCUCGGAAACCAUCAGCAAACUCAGCUCUUAUAUCCGGCUCUAAUAGUGAGGACAGUAAUGAUACUGCACAACGGAACCACAGGAAACGAAAGAGACUGUCGAAACUUGGAUAAGCUGCGGAGAAAUAUACUGAUGCUGUUUUGAGUUGAAAGCUAGGUUGAAGAUUAUCAUGCCAAUUAAAGGUGACAGUUUUACUUCUUCGGUGCACUGUUACAUUCAAUUUCUAUUCUUGAUUAUUCCAUUGGGUUUAGCUGAACUCUAUUGAAUUGAUCUCUAGACCAAAACUAACAUUCUUUGAAGUUCAAGUUACAAAUAACUCGAGUGAGGCUUGCUUAUAAGGUGCAGGUUUUACUCAUACCUUAAAGGGGAGUAUUUGAAGGUAUUAGUCACUUGACUCCUCCAUGUAUAUUCUGAAAAUCUGAUCAUAUUCUUGGCUCCACAGGUUUUAGGAUUAUUUUUGGGACAAUCAUUUUGUAAGUUAUCUCUUUAUUGUUUAUGUAAUUAUACUUCAGUAUUUAGGAGAUUGUUUCAUUGUCAGUGGUGUACUGGAACGUCUAUAAUUUGAUAAUGCAUGAAGACGCGUCUGUAAUGUAGGGAUCAUACAUCGUUAAGUCAGCUGUUUAUACCAUUACAGGAAGGUGUAAAGAGUGACAAUACAAGUGUAACUUUAUACUACAUGCUAGCCAAUUUAGAAAAUUGUGCACUCUGUUUACUCUUUAA